AUCUGGAAUGAGAUGAGAUCACAGCAUCAGCCUGUCUUUUGUGGACCUGGACAAUGAUCACAGAGGCAGAUUGGAUUAGGGAAACCUCUUGACUGGAAGGAAGUUCAGAGCAGUCGCCAGAUAAAGGACAGGGAGAGACGGCUGGAAGAAAAUGCAUCAGAUUUACAGCUGCAGCGAUGAAAAUUUAGAAGUUUUCACCACUGUGAUUUCAUCCAAAGUGUCCAGUCCAGCCAGAAGAAAAGUCAAAAUAUCACAACAUCUUUUGACCAAAAGCGUGGUAGCAGUGACUGAUUAUCACAUCCAUGGGCCUCUGGAGCUUCUGCCCCACAGGAAUGAUCGACUUCAGGUCUUUUGCAGAGAUAGCGAAGAAAGGAGGUUUGGCCGCCUCCAGAAUGGGCAACAAGCACAGCCCCUGGCCAAAACCACAGCCAGACAUGUGGGAAUUUCUGAACCCAAACCAUUAAUUUUGUGCGGGAAUCGAGCAUAUGGAAAAUCUCUGAUAUCCCAGACCUCACUAUCAGUGCCCAGGAUCACGGUGAAACAGCCUCCUGCCAAUGAAGUAGCAGCAACAGAAGAAAGUGAUCGUCCUCUGACAAAGGAACCUAGAAGACUGGCUAGGAAGAUGCCUGAAGAUGAUCCAGCCUUUCCCCAGGGAGCAGAAGCCUCUGUACCGCUGACAGGCAGAACUAGCUGCGGCACCCCCAACAUCCUCCGCAAAAUGUGGAUGAAGCACAAGAAGAAAUCGGAAUAUUUGGGAGCCACAAAUUGCGCCUUUGAGGCUGACUGAAAGGUGACCUUUCCUCCUGGAGCUGCUGAGUUCUCCAAAUUUCAGACUGCUUUUGCAGUGGCAAUGGCUCUUUCCAGCUCCAAAUAGCUAAGUAAGGUCCUUUAAUAACACAAUAAUACAAGGUGUUGAUCACACCCUCCUCUCCUAGUGGGUAAUCCAGAACAUAGCAUUACUCCUCCCUUUUCACAAAUCUGCCUCCCUUGAGAUGGAGGAAAAGGAUGUCCCCCCAAGACAAGAUAUAACCAUCUCUUAGCAGUCAGUCACAGGCCUGAAAGGGAUCUUGAGUUGAUGUGCAUCCCAUACACCUGUUUUCCAGCACGACUUUGUCUGACACAAACUUCUCUUUCCUAUUUUUAAAGACCUUCAUAGGAGGUCUCCUCUUCUGUGGUUUUUCAUCUAUAUGAUAAGGGGGCUGGAUUACAUCAAGAGUUCUUAGCCUAGGGUCUUUGACCUUUUUAAAACAAAUACAUAUAUUUUGAUACCUAUAUUUCAAUAUAAUUGGUUUCCUUUAUCAUUCUAUGUAUUUUACUUUAUGGGCUGCUAGAUGGCACAGUGGAUAGAGUGCCAGCUGUGGGCAAGUCUCAACCUUCAGUUUGCCUCAGUUUCCUUAUCUGUAAAAUAAGCUGGAGAAGGAAAUAGCAAACCACUCUAUUAUCUUUGCCAAGAAAACCCCAAAUGGGGUCACAAAGAGUCAGACAACUGAAAAACAACUCAACAACAAUAAAAACUUACUUCAUAUAUUUAAAAACAAUAUUGUGGGAAGGUAUCCAUAGGUUUCACCAGCUGCCAAAGGGGUCCUUGACACAAGACAAAUAAUGAUAAAAUAGGUAAAGAACUCCAGGAUUAGAUCUCUAAAGCCUGUGAGAGUCUUCAACUUCCCACAGUAAUCUGCUACACUGCUCCUGACUCUGAUGUCAUUGUAAGGAAUGGAUGUUGAGUCACCAGGAAGCACAAUGGUCCUUUCUGUGCCUUGUGCCACAUUCACUUGCUUAUUCAUUUCUUUUUAAUGAGUAUUCAUAUCUGGUAUGAUAAAGCACCGAAAGACAUUCUUUUACUAACUCCAAAUCAGCUUCAGUCUGUCAUCAAGAUGUUUCUGUCAGGACUUUGGCCACCAGGCACGUGUGAAUUCUUAGUUCUUUUAUGUGCAAAACAUUCUGGAGAAAUGACUAGGAAUUAAGUGCUAAGAGUCAAUAUAUUCAAAAGCAUCAUAGUUUAGUGGAAAAAAUACCUUAUAUUCGUAUAGUGCUUUUAACUUUUCAAACUGUUUUCACAGCCAUUAUUCCAUUUCAUCCUCUCCUAAUUCCUGUUAGGCAGUUAGGGUAAGUCUUAUUAUCCGUCUUUUACAGAUGGGAAAACUAAGACACUUGCCUAUGAUCAAACAGCAAUUUAGUUGUCUAGCAGAACUCAGACCCAAUCCCCAAUCUUCUUUCCACGACAAUGUGCUAAGGAAUGAAGAACUUGUCUUUGCACAUGCUCUAUAACCUAAUUGUAUAUAUGACCUUGGUCCUAUCGUUGACUUUGUGUGUGUGCCUCUUUUCCCCUCCCAGAAAUUUUAGGAAAUAAUGCCUGCUCCCUCAAUAUUUCAGAGUAAGCUGUAAGAGUAAAUGAGAUCUUUUUUUUUUGGAGGGGGGAAGGCAGGGCAAUUGGGGUUAAGUGACUUGUCCAAGGUCACACAGCUAGUAAGUGUGUCAAGUGUCUGAGCCUGGAUUUGAACUCAAGUCCUCCAGACUCCAGGGCAGGUGGGUGCUCUAGUCACUGAGCCACCUAGCUGCCCCAAAUGAGAUCAUUUUUGCAAAUACUUAAAACUUCUUCGGCUUAAAUUACUCUAUCACGAUUUCCCUUUUGCAAACAAGUAAGAACUUGGAGGAAGACAAGGAUCAAGAAGAAUCCAUCAAAGAUUUCUAGUCUAAACAACUAAAACUGGUAUGUCUAUAAUGAUCACCCUAAAUAGGGAUUCUUAAGCUGAAGUCCCUGAAUUUGUUUUUCUUUUUUAGUACUUCCAUAACUAUCUUUCAAUAUCACCAUUUCCUUCAUAAUCCUAUGUAUUUUAUGGUAUGUAUUCAAAACACUACUGAGAAGGAAUCCAUAAGCUUCACCAGACUGCCAAAAGGGUCCAUGGCACAAAAAAACUUAAGAACACCAGCUCUAAACUGUCUCGCCCAAAUUUUUAGGAGAAUGCCCAACCGUUUUUGUCUUAGGCCCCAGUCUCUCUUCUUUCUCCUUUGGGGCAAUACCUCUUAGUUUGCAUUGAUAUGACUAGGUGAGAACCUGCUUAACUACAGAUGAAUGUAAUUACAAAUAUAAUACCCCAUUCCCAGAUGCCAGGAAGACUUGUUUCAACCACACACCACCCCCACCUGCAAAAAAAAUCCUGAAAUAGUUUUUUAAAAAAUGCUUUCUGGCCUGGGUUUGUUUAAAACACGCUUACAUAUGUAUUUACAUGCUCAUAUAUUUCUUCAGUCUUCAAAACUAACCUUUAACCAAAGAAAAUAAAUCACUUGAAUGAACUUCUGCCAUAUGAUGAAGAAAACCAGCUUUUUAUAUGUGGCAAGAGAGAGUAACAAUAACUCACUAGAAGAUCUUUGUCAGUGAAAUUUGAAAGAACGAUCUUUAAAAAAAAGCAUUAUGCUUUGAGAUUAAGAUGACCUCUGCUUUUCUUGUCAUCCCCUUUUUGAUCAGAUUUAGAGUAUGACUAUUAGUAUUUUCUUUCUUUUACACAACUUUCUCUACUGCCGCUGCUUUGGUUUACACCUGAAGCCUCAUAGUCUUGUUUGGGCCAUUAAUCGGAAUGUGUCUUAUUAUAUAAAAAAACAAAUGGCUUUGACCAUUCCCACAUCCCAUAAUACCAAGCUAUUUUAAAAAAAUCCCAGUCUAAUGUCCUUAAAGCAUGACUACCAAAGGGAAAAAAAAAACUACCCAGGCAGCUUAUUCUGAUAAGAUAGCCAUUACCAUUUAGGCCCUCCCUGUCAUGAAAUUCUUCUGAUUUACAGCUGGAAGGAUCUUUGGAGAAUCAUGCUGUACUCACAUAGGAAAUAGCAUGGCCUAGUUAGCCCUGUACCCCAAGAACACUGCUCAUUCAGUGUGACUCAACCUUCAUACUUCCUUCACCUAUAGGGCCACCAACUCUGACCUACCUCUUAGAAAAUGUUUGUACAAAUGAACUAAUUAAACACUGUAAAAUUUGGUGGUAGGGAAAUUAGAGAUGUAAACCUGGGGGGACAUUAAAUUAUUUCCAGCAAAUGCUCCCCCUUUUUCCUUUAGCAGCUGCUUUGAGGGGAGUUUUCAUAACUGAAUGGGCAAGAAAGGGACAAACCCUUUAAAUAUGGUUCGAUGAAAAGAGCACUGAACUUGGAGUCAGAGGACCUGAAUCCCCAGUUCAACCUCUUAAAUUACCUGUGUAACCAUGAAAAAGUCACUUAACAUCUGUGGGCCUCAGUUUUCUCAUCUAUAAAGUGGGGGCGCAGGGGAACUAAAUGUCCUCUAAGGUCCCUCCCAGCUCUACAUCUAUGAACUUUUAAAAGAAUCGGUCUCGCAGGAGUUGGGACAAAGUUUGUGCACAUGAGGCAACUGAUUAUAUGUGUAGAAUUAGAUUUUCCUUUUCUCCUUGACAAUCUUAUGGACAUCAUCAUUUUCUUUUAUUCCCCCCAAUAUUUACCAAGUACUCUAAGGUUCAUGGCUUGCCACUGUGUGCCCUGCACUAGAAAGUUCAGAACGCAUGAAGGCCUGAAGAGCUUACAUUCUACUCAUUUCCAUGCCCUGGUUACAACAUGGGACUUGGGUUCAUUUCUUAAGGCCCGCAUUACUAUAAGGAAAUAGCUAGUACAUGGACAUUCACUGUUCCCAGUCUUAAAUAUUACUUUAUCCCUAAAUUCCCCGAUGAAUCACAAGUUUAAGAGUAGAGUGACCCAACCCAACCCAUCAAGGCAUGAGGAGUAAACAGAACCAUACCUCCAUAUCUUACAGUCUAACCCACCAAAUUCAACUUGUUGAUAACCUGCCCAUAUUCCCCAAACAUAAUUCUUAAGCUUGGGCCUUAAGUGCUGUGAUGAAGGUCUACUUUGGGUUCUAAAUAAUGGCACAUUUAAGCUAUCUAGGAUUUGGGUGCUGAAAGGUUGGAAUGAGACUAGGGAACUGGACCCAAUCUACCAAUCAACAGCUUGAGAUGUUAUCUAUUUUUGUUUUAAUUUAUUUAAUUUAUAACAAAUUUCAGUACUUGUACAUGGAGAAUUAUGCAAAAUGUAACUUAUUGAAUAUUUAUUUCUAUAAUGCCAAUAGAGUGCUGUUCUCAUGUGGUACAUAUUUUGCCUCAUUCAAAUAAAAGUAGUAGGUAUGCUUUGUAUGUGACAUGAAUAAAAGCAAUAGGAAAUGC